CAUAUUCAAAGAAACUCAAUUCUUUCCCACCUUAUAGAGUCUCAAAUCAAAUCUACACAUUUCUCUAGUAAAACAAAACAUAACCCAGAUUUCUUCCUUACAUAGUUUUAUGUCUUGUCUUGUUUCUUACAUUAGAUAAAACAAAACCAUAUCUCUAUAUGGAUUCUUCAACUAAAGCUACAACCUUUUUCCAUGUCUUCAAUCAAAUCUAGUUUCAUUUCUUCAAAAAGUUCCAAUCUUUUUUGUGACCCUUCAACAUGGGAAGAACUUUUCUACCAUAUAAAGAUGAAACCUUUAUGCCUCCAUUACCACAGCCACCUUAUUCUUUUCAUUUUCAUCCCAACCCAUCACCAUUUCCACCCAUCACAGUUUCAUCUCUUCGAUCUGACAAUUUCAGUUCAAAUGAUAAAUCCUUGAAGGUUAGUCCAAGUAUUCUCCUAAUAAUCAUCAUUCUAGCCAUAGUUUUCUUCGUUUCUGGUUUGCUUCAUCUCUUAGUGAGGUUCCUAUGGAGGCCUCAGGAUAGAGACAGUGAGGAUUUGGAUGAUGUUACUGCUCUUCAAGGGCAGUUGCAGCAGCUUUUUCAUCUUCAUGAUGCUGGUGUUGACCAGUCUUUCAUUGAUACUACUCUUCCUGUGUUUCUUUAUAAGGCUAUUAUUGGAUUGAAGAACCCUUUUGAUUGUGCUGUUUGUUUGUGUGAAUUUGAGCUUGAAGAUAAGCUUAGGUUGUUGCCCAAAUGUAGUCAUGCUUUUCAUAUGGACUGUAUUGAUACUUGGCUUUUGUCUCAUUCUACUUGUCCUCUUUGUAGAGCUAACUUGCUUCAUGAUUUCAACACAAACAGUAAUUGUUCACCUAUUGUUCUUGUUCUAGAAUCUGGUAGUGAUAGUUCUAGGGAAAUUGUUCCAGAAAGAGAUACUGUUACCGUUACCGCUACCGCUACCGCUACUGCUAUAGGUUCAGAUAGUGUUCUUGGUAGGACUAGUUCUGUUAUUUCAACGAAUUCGGUUCUUGGUUAUCGCGGAGACAGUGAAUUCGGAGGUGAUUCGGCUUCGGUUGAAAACCUUCCUAAGCUGAAUGUUGGUGUGGAGAAAGUUGUGACUGUUAAGCUUGGGAAGUAUAGGAAUGUUGAUGGUGUUGGUGGUGGUGGAGGAGGGGAAGGAAGUAGUAGCAACAAUGUGGAUGAUAGGAGGUGUUUUUCUAUGGGUUCGUUUGCGUAUAUUAUGGACGAAACAUCUUCGUUGCAGGUACCGAUUAGAACUCCGAUGAAGACGAAAUCGAGUAAGAAGAAAACUGUUUUGCCUUUGAUUCCAGGUCAUAGGCCUGCAAUGUCGGAAUGUGAUUGCGAAUCAAGGAGAGAGUUCAAGUUUACAAGCUUUGAUUCAACUAGAGGAGUAGUUGAUGAUUUUGCAGGUAUUGGAAAGAGUCGAAAAGAGAGUUUUUCUAUAUCGAAGAUUUGGCUAAGAGGGAAAAAAGAUAAGACUAAUGGUGAUGCUGCGGAUUCAUCUCGAAGAACUGUUUCAUUUCGGUUUCCAUUACAAAGUAAUGAUGAUUUGAAGGGUAAGAGUUUGAGGUUUCAUGCAAGGAGUGCAGUUUCUGAGAUGGAUUUUGGAGGAAGUGAAUUUGGUGGUUAUGAUGAAGAGAAUCAAAGUUGUUAUAGUAUGGAUUCGUCUCAAGCUAGAGCACCUUCUUUUGCUAGAAGGACUUUGCUUUGGCUUACUGGAAAACAGAAUAAGGUUGUUCAUUCUUCAACUGCUUCUGCUUCUACUUCUACACUUUAGUUUUUUUGAAUCAUUCUUAAUUUAUCUUACAAUUCUAGAAUAUAGAUUUAUUUAUCAAAGUAUAUUUUUAGUGGUAGAAAAGUGGAGGAGAAAAAAAGGAUGAGUUUGUGGGAUUUGAAUUUUGAAUACAUUGUUUCUGCAUGAAUUUGUUGAUGUCCAUUGAAUAUGUGUUCACCUUAGUGGAGAUGAAAAAUCUGUUAAGAGAUUCA